CGAUGUUUACUUCACCUUUAUACAUAAUGUACCGCGUAUGCGAGAUCAUGGAACGACAACUCUGGUGGGAAAUUGGAUUUAAGCUUUAUGAGAAAAUUAAGUGAAAUUACCAAGGUCAUUUCUAAUAGUGAAUGUCAUACUUAUUGCAAUUUAACUCAAACAUUGAAAUGGGAACAAAUGAUGUCAAAUCUUUACAUAUAAUGCAUAUUAGUAUAUAGAUCUCGUCCAUGGCUUUCGAAACCUACUGACUAUAAAUAAACAAGUCGAAAUUCAAUUACACGAACCACAGUAAGAAACCGUGAACGGUAUACAUACAGUGCAUAGCUAUGUGGGAAGGAUUUUCCGUAACGUCUGUCGGACUGAUUAUCCUGAUAUGCGUCCUGGUACAACGGCUCCUGUUUAGCAGAAGAACCGGAAACCUUCCGCCGUCGCCAGGCCUUUGCCUGCCCAUCAUCGGUCACAGCUACCUCAUGCGGGCGGAUAUGAGGCCGACCCUGGCGCGACUCCGGAAGAAGUGCGGCAACGUGUAUUACAUGCAGUGGGGUAGCGUGCCGGUGGUGAUUCUCAGCGGAUAUGACGUCAUUAUGGACGCUUUCAAGAAACAAGCCGACCUUUUCGCAGGGAGACCGAAGAUGUUCGUUUUAGAAAAAGUGAGCAGAGGAAAAGGCUUUGUUAUGACUAGCGGGGAACCAUGGCGGGAGCACAGGAGAUUCACUUUAGGCACACUGAAGGACUUCGGUAUGGGCAAGACCAGGCUAGACGCCACCAUACAGGAACAAGCUGCAUUGAUGGUCGAGGAGAUAGGAAAGCACAAUGGUGAACCUUUCGAUCCCAAAGAUGUGAUUAGCGCCCACGUCGCCAACGUGAUUUGCUCGAUGGUGUUCCGAAAGCAGUUCAAACAUGACGACCCGCGAUUUAAAGGAAUAAUACAAAAGUUCGAUGAAAAUAUAAAGUCCGCGGGCGGCAUCGCCAAUUUCUUCCCCUGGGCGGCCCGCCUGCCCGGAGAUCCCUUGGGGGUCAGGCGUAUGAUCGCCAACUCGGACGCUGUGCUCGCCUACUGCGCGGACAUCGUACGGGAGCACGUGGAGACGUACGACGAGAACUGUAUCGAGGACCUGGUCAGCGCCUAUAUCAGAGAGUUGAAGAAGAACGAGCAGACGAACGAGCAGACGACUAUGAGCUACGAGUAUCUCGAGACACUAAUCGCGGACCUGUUCAUGGCCGGCUCGGAAACGACGACGACCGCGCUCCGCUGGAGUCUCGUUUGCCUCACGGAAUACCCCGAGAUUCAAGAACGCUUGUAUCGGGAAAUCACGAGCAGCAUCGGUAUUUUCCGUACUCCUUCUGUCUUGGACCGGUCAUCCUUAGUAUACGUGGAGGCAUUCUACAUGGAGGUGUUAAGAUUCUGCAACUUAACAAUAAUCCUCGGACUGCACGCCACAACUGAAACGGCGACGCUCAGAGGUUACACUAUACCAACCGACGCAGUUAUUAUUCCCGACCUUGAAUCCGUAUUCAGUGAUCCCGACAUAUGGGGCGACCCGCUCGUGUUCCGACCCGACAGGUUCAUUGACGAGCACGGAAAGCUAAUCAAACGGGAUGAGUUUAUUGCAUUUUUCAUUGGCAAACGCAGUUGUGUCGGCGAGUCUCUCGCACGGACGGAGCUUCUGUUGUUCCUUAGCAGCCUCGUUCAGAGGUUUCGUUUUGAAAGUCCGGUCGGGGAAGAAGUCUCCAUGGCGACCACGGACGGGGUGUUCGGACUUGUGCAUGCGCCAAAGCCUUACAGGAUUGUAGCAGUACCACGGGGCGGCUGACCGGCAGUGCACGUGGUUCGCACAGAAUGACAAUAUAAUGAUUAUGUAUAAUGCCUUUAAACAGCAAUCUUGAAUUCUGAAAAGUAUUUGGCUCGUCAUAAACAUUUAUGGUUGUUUGGGUUAGUUGAAAAUAACUACCUGUUUUCUCUUUAGCUGAUAAGUGUGUAUAUUAUAUUCACUGUAAAACUUAAUGUUAUUCAGUCUCAUAAAAUGGGUUCAAUAAAUACUUUAAAAUUU